UAUCGACUCAUAUCCCACCUUCUGUAUACCGCUGCAACCGUUCUCGUGAAAUCCUCGAUACUCAUGCUAUACCUACGGUUAUUCCCAGGACUUCGAUGGGCGAUAAUUGGAACUCUCACAUUCGUUGUUACCAUGGGUUUAACUUUUAUUCUAGGCGCAUCGUUCAGAUGUCAUCCUAUUGGCGCUGCUUGGAAUCCGUGGAAUUAUAAACUUAACAGCUUUACCUGCUUCUCUGCGUUGCCGUUCUGGAUUGCAUUCGGGUCGCUAUUUUUGGCGUCUGACCUUGUGGUCUUGAUACUUCCAAUGAGAACAAUUCUAGGACUCCAUAUAUCACGAAAAAAGAAGAUGAUCCUUGUUUUCCUUCUCUCGCUUGGGGCCUUUGCAUGUGUCGCCGGUGUGGUUCGUUUGGUAUAUGUCAUCAAAUUAUACACCACUGAAGACGCUUCCUGGAACACCGCUUUUGUCUCGAUUUCUUCGACGAUAGAGAUAUGCUGCGCCAUUAUUGCAGCAAGCAUACCUCCAACGAAAGUCUUUGUCGAUCGGUUGUUCCCGAAUCUUAUCAGCAGUACACGCCAGGGCACAAGCUACUGGCAGCAACCGCAUCGAGGCAGCGUGGAGCUGUUCUCAAAUACGAACCAUCGCCGUCAUAAUCCCACAGGCAAUGCAAACCAUAGCGCAAGAUUGCGUGCCGAAAGCAAAAGUCAGCCCAGCAUCGUC